AUGGCGGCCCAAGAAACCUCAUCCGCAGACACCUCACCAUCCUCGCAUGCGCUGUCGUCAGGACCGCACGUGAGGGCGUCGCAACGCGGGGCUCCCUCAGUUACGCGAGUCCUUGGUGGUUCUUCUCAUUUCCCUCUUCCAGAAUCGACACCUCAGGACUGCACCUCCCAAACACCUCAGGACAUCUCAGGAGUCAUGGAUACAUCUCAUGGAUCCCUCAUGGACGCCAGAAGAAGUCGCGAGAAGGCGGUCGACGACCCCUUGGCAGUGCCAUUGGCUCGUUGCCCGGGUCAUGAGCACCGAUACCUCCAGAGUGCCCAACAAGAUUCCGUGAUCGAUAAGGUAUCCGACUGCUUCGGCCAAGCUGCCAACUCACUGGCGGCUCGACUUCUGUCCUUCCGGUUGGUGAGUUCCAAGGUUCGUCGUCUGGACAUGCCGCCCACGGUUGCCACGGUUGCCAUGGUUGCUGUCUACUCUAUCCUCGCAGGAUCGGGACUGCUCGAGAUGCUGCAACCUCUGCAACCUAUGCACCUCUGCACCUCUGCACCUAUCCCCUCAUCGCCGCCGUCCCCCGGAUCGCCCAAGCUUCCGCCCUGCCACGCGGGAUUGGAUAGAGCCUCAUGCUCUCUGCAAUACUUCGAGACCUGA